UGUGCCUUUGCGGUGUCGUCCUCCGGCAUGCGCUGCGUGCUCGAGAACCGGUUGCGGAGGGGAGGACGGGAGGAGUUCUCCUGCCGCACAUCAGACAUCGAGGCUGAGAACCUCAAGGACUGGGUGGAGACCGACGAGUGCAUCAAUGCCUGUGGACUCACUCGGAACACCGUGGGGAUCUCAUCGGACUCUCUGUUAGAGCUUCAAUUUGCUCAGAAGCUGUGCUCAUCUCAAUGCUACCAGGAAUGCCCCAACAUUGUUGAUCUAUACUUCAACCUUGCAGCUGGUGAAGGUGUGUUCCUUCCAAAGUUAUGUCAGGCAUCAUCGAAUGCUCGCCGUGGCAUGGCAGAGAUCAAGAGCUCCAGUGCAGCAGCUGCAGGGACUGUAUGAGGGGCGGCAGGGCCUGCAUCAGGGUCGGCACGGGUGGCCUGGGCCCCUGGGCAGUCCGAGAUUGGUUUCGUUUCCGAACCAGCCAUGGCGCCUUGUUGAUGUGCUCUAUAUGAGAUCAGUUGGAUGGUUUGUCAUGCACUCUGAGGCCACAAGCCAGUGCUAGGAAGGUUGCUGUGAGAAUGUGAAAGCAUGUAGUAGAAUCACCGCGUUAAAACAUUAGUAAUAUUUAUUUAUUUAAUAUUCCA